CAAAUCUCAAGACCUUUGCAAGGUCUGGGCUUGCAUCAGCUCAACUACUUGCUGUAUUCCUGCGAGGCCGAAGAGAGGGAUCGCUCGGAUGGCAAGCGAGGUGCCUACGAUAUUCCUGGCUUUGGUCCGUUUGCUUACUGCGGCAUUAUGGGAGUCUGCGCAGCCUUGGAUGAGGCCAGGAGGCAGCACACGGAGUCCGAACUCCUCACAAGUCCCGUCUUGGAGAACGUCCGGCAGGGUGAUUGGCUAAUCGCCUGUUUGACCCAGCGACUGGUGCACAUGCCCGGGCUCGAUAUGGUGAAGGAGUGGUUGGAGAAGGCUGCUGGAAUCCUCCACAACUGCCCUCGGAAACUUGCCCCGUUCUAUUUCGACCUCCUUGUGCCGGGGCUUUGUGCUGCAGCCAGCAAGGAGCUUCUGGAUGUGUCCUCCGACUUCGUGUCCGCUUUCCAUGGAGCCUCAGAUUUGAUUCGAGACGUGGCGCUGGCGACCUCCCAGUUCUGGGGCGCAACAAAAUCUGCACCGCUGAACUGGGAUCUGGCACAGCGCAAUGGUUGGCACAAAGUGCCUUCGCUCUGCGCCGGUCUCCCUCACUUCGCAGCAGGCUUUAUGCGGAACUGGGGCCGGGACACCUUCAUCGCACUGAAGGGGUGCCUGCUGGUCACGGGGCACUUCCAGGAGGCUCGGGACACUCUUCUGGUCUACGCAAGCGUCGUUCGCCAUGGCCUGUGUCCUAACCUCCUGGAUGCGGCCAACCGCCCGCGCUACAAUGCUCGAGACGCGACCUGGUUCUUUAUGCAGGCAAUUCAGGAUUACGUGGCGGAGUCACCGGAGGGCGAGAGCUUCCUUGCCGCCCCAGUCAGCUUAAAGUGGCCUGCGAAGGACUGGGAUCCAGAUCUUGCCCACAUGGAGGUGAAGACGAUCGCCGACCUAAUCCAUUUGAUCUUCUCAGCGCAUGCGAAGGGCAUCAACUUCCGCGAGUGGGGUGCAGGACGAGGUCCCGAUGCUGGAAAAGGAAUCGAUGAUGACAUGAGCGAGUGGGGCUUCGAUGUCAGCGUAAGGCUUGACGAGAAGACCGGCCUUAUCUUUGGAGGGAGCGAGCACAACUGCGGCACGUGGAUGGACAAGAUGGGCUCUUCGGCCAAGGCCGGCAACAAAGGGAAACCUGCCACGCCUCGUGACGGAGCAGCGGUGGAGAUUGUUGGUCUCCUCAAAUCAGCUCUUCGGUGGCUCUCUAGCUUGAGCAGAGAUGUCUUCCCCUAUGAGCAGGUAAAGACUGCUUCCGGUCAGCCGCUGAAGUACAAAGACUGGGAUAGCAGGCUCUCAGAAAACUUCGAACGCCUGUUCUGGAUUGGCCCGGAUGAGAAAACAAGCGCACCGGUGGCUGGUAUCUACCGCGACACGGUCGGAGCCACGCGCAAGUGGCAAGAUUACCAGCUUCGACCGAACUUUUGCAUCGCCAUGGCGGUGGCACCAGAGCUUUUCAUGCCUGAGCAUGCCAACACUGCGCUGCAGGUUGUGGCGAGCCGACUGGUUGGGCCCCUGGGCAUGUGCACGCUGGACCCUGCCGACAAGGAGUACCAUGGGGACUAUCACAACGACAACGACUCGAGUGACCAGUGGAUCGCCCAUGGCUGGAAUUACCAUCAAGGUCCGGAGUGGGUGUGGCCACUAGGAUUCUUCCUCGAGGCAUGGAACCACUUUGGUUCUCUGGAUACUUCUUCAUCCGAGCCAGCGCGCUAUGCAAUGCAAUGGCUUCUGCCACAUCGGGAGAUGCUCAGAAAAGCGCCAUGGCGCUCGCUACCAGAGCUCACAAACAGCAGCGGCCAGCAUUGUCACCACUCCUGCCCUGCGCAGGCCUGGAGCCUCGCGACACUGCUCAGCGCACUUCGGACAAUGACGUUUCAGGUGGCCUAA